AUGGUGAGCGGCCACAUCUUCCACUGCCGGAAGAACUCGUGGCCGGCGGAGGAGUACGUCGGCCGGACCGCGCUGCAGCUGCUGGAUUUCGAUGGCGGGGCGCCGCCGGAGCAGGCUUGGCGGAGGCGGCUCAACAGCCACGCUAACAUUCUCAAGGAGUUCAGUGUCACCUUCAUGGAGGCAAUGAGGAUGAUGAGCCUUGGCCUGAGACUCUGGUCGUAUGUUCGGGAGGAGGCGUCACAUGGACGGAAAGCUCCGAUCGAUCCAUUCACAAAAGAGCGCUGUAAACCGUCAGCUUCCCAGGGUGUGCCACUUGGUGGGAUGGGGAGCGGUAGCAUUUCUAGAGGUUUCAGGGGAGAGUUCAAGAAUUGGCACAUCAUACCUGGUCUGUGUGAGAGUUCGCCAGUCAUGGAGAACCAGUUCUCUAUAUUUGUAUCUCGAGAUGGGGGGAAUAAGAAAUACUCAUCAGUUUUGGCUCCUGGACAUCAUGAAGGUCUGAAGAAAAAUAGUGACUCUGGAAUUUCGUCAUGGGACUGGAAUUUGAGUGGUCAACACUCGACCUAUCAUGCAUUGUUCCCUCGGGCAUGGACUGUUUAUGAUGGUGAACCAGAUCCAGACCUUAAAAUCUCAUGUCGUCAAAUAUCACCUUUCAUUCCUCAUGAUUACAAAGAUAGCAGCCUUCCGACAUCUGUGUUUGUGUAUACUCUAGUAAACACUGGGAGAGACCGUGCAAAAGUAAGCCUGUUGAUGACAUGGGCGAAUUCUAUUGGAGGUUUUUCGCAUAAUUCAGGAGGCCACUACAAUGAGCCCUUCAUUGCGGAAGAUGGAGUAUCAGGAGUGCUUCUGCAUCACAAAACAGCUAAGGAUAAUCCACCUGUCACUUUUGCUGUUGCUGCCUGCGAAACUCAGAAUGUGAAUGUGACAGUCUUGCCAGUGUUUGGCCUUUCUGGACAAAACCAUGUUUCCGCAAAGGAAAUGUGGAACAUCAUGCUACAGAAUGGUCACUUCGAUCGGGAAAAUUUCAGUGCUGGUUCCAGUAUGCCUUCUUCUCCAGGACAGAAACUCUGUGCAGCUGUCUCAGCCUCAACUUGGGUAGAGCCACAUGGUAGAUGUACUGUUGUGUUUGCUCUGGCUUGGUCCUCACCUAAAGUAAAGUUUCAAAAGGGAUGCACAUAUAACAGGAGGUACACCCAAUUCUAUGGAACUUCUGAGAAAUCGGCUGUUAACUUGGUACAUGAUGCCUUAACAAAAUAUAAACUUUGGGAAGAAGAAAUCGAGAAGUGGCAAAACCCCAUACUCAAGGAUGAAAGACUUCCAGAAUGGUAUAAGUUCACUCUUUUUAAUGAGCUUUACUUUCUGGUAGCUGGUGGGACCGUUUGGACAGAUGGUCAACCCCCAGCAAUCGAUGAGAAAAACAGUCCUGGUUCUAAUCAGCAGAAGUCCUCAAAGAGGGGUACUAAAGACACCAAGCAGGGAUCUGUUAAAGAUAGCCAUGUCAACCUGACAGUGGAGCAAGUACUUCAUGGUGGUUACAUGACUAAUGGUGAUGAUCACAGUGUAUCAAAGUUCGCAGCAGUUCAUGGGUCACAAAUGCAAAAACAAAUCAAUGGACUCAAGUCAGAAGAGCCAAUUCCUUACUUGAUUUCAAAGGAUGGCCCUGAACAUGUUGGCAAGUUUUUGUAUCUAGAAGGAGUGGAAUACAUCAUGUGGAACACAUAUGAUGUGCAUUUCUAUGCAUCUUUUGCUCUCCUUGAUUUGUUCCCAAAAAUAGAGUUGAGUGUCCAACGUGAUUUUGCCAAUGCUGUGCUGUAUGAAGAUCGACGCAAAGUAAAAUUUUUGGCUGAUGGUACAUCAGGAAUCCGCAAGGUUAAAGGUGCUGUGCCUCAUGAUCUUGGAACACAUGAUCCGUGGCAUGAAAUGAACGCAUAUAACAUACACGAUACAAGCAAAUGGAAAGAUUUAAACCCCAAAUUUGUGCUCCAGAUAUACAGAGACUUUGUUGCUACAGGUGAUAUGCAAUUCGGUCGAGAUGUUUGGCCUGCAGUCUGUGCUGCUAUGGACUAUAUGGAUCAGUUUGACCGUGAUGGUGAUGGUCUCAUUGAGAAUGAUGGAUUUCCUGAUCAAACCUAUGAUGCUUGGACUGUUCAUGGAAUCAGUGCUUACUGUGGUUGUCUAUGGCUUGCUGCACUUCAAGCUGCAGCUACAAUGGCUCAUCGUCUUGGGGAUCGGCACUUUGCUGAGAAGUACAAGCUCAAGUUCAUAAAAGCCAAAGCAGUAUAUGAGGCAAAGUUAUGGAAUGGGUCAUAUUUCAAUUACGAUAGCGGCACAAGUAGCAACAGUAGAUCCAUUCAGGCUGAUCAACUGGCAGGACAGUGGUAUACUGCCUCGUCAGGCUUGCCCCCGCUUUUCGACGAGCACAAGAUAAGAACUGCUCUGCAGAAAAUAUUUGAAUUCAAUGUGAUGAAGGUUAAAGGAGGACGGAUGGGAUCUGUAAAUGGUAUGACUCCAAAGGGAAAGGUGGACGAGACAUGCAUGCAAUCUCGAGAAAUCUGGACUGGUGUUACAUAUGCUGUUGCUGCAAAUAUGCUGCUCCAUGGAAUGGAGCAUCAAGGCUUUACAACCGCAGAAGGAAUUUUUAUUGCCGGAUGGUCAGAAGAAGGAUAUGGGUAUUGGUUCCAAACACCAGAAGGAUGGACCACAGAUGGGCAUUAUAGAUCCGUCGUAUACAUGCGGCCUCUUGCCAUUUGGGCAAUCCAAUAUGCAGUUUCUCCUCCAAAGGCCAUUCUUGAGGCCCCCAAAGUUAACCUAAUGGACCGAAUACAUAUAUCCCCUCACAUGGCCCGAGCAAUUAGCGAGAUAAGCAUUAGAAAGAUAGCACCCGACAAUAGAUGUUUCCCUAGCUCUGCCUUUAAUUGUGAAUGCUGA